AUGGCAGCCCUCCCAGCUACUCAGAAACAAGUUGAAGUGAAGAAAUUGGUCACAGACUUUCACGAGAUCACGCAGAUCGCCUCAGGACCAGUGCCCAGCCCGGGAAAGCAACAGUUUUUGAUCAAGACCAGAUAUGUUGGUAUAAACGCCACAGACGUCAACAAAAGUGCCGGCCGCCAUUCGUAUUCCUCCUCUGACUUAAAACUCCCAUUCGUCGCUGGUAUGGAGGCUGUGGGGGAAGUUGUGAAAGUAGGAGAUAGUUCCAAGUUCAAGGUCGGACAGUAUGUAGCGUGUUUGCCAUCUGGUGCGUUUGCAGAGUACGCAGUUGGAGACGAUAUGACGUCAAUACUCUUGCCGUCUGCCAGUGCAGAAUUCUUAGCUUUGUUCGUCAGCGGCUUGACUGCUUCCGUUGCUCUGGAGAAGGAAGCGGAUCUGAAGCCUGGCAAGACGGUUCUGGUGACCGCGGCUGCCGGCGGGACUGGACAAUACGCCGUACAACUGGCCAAACUGGCAGGGUGUCAUGUGAUAGGCACUUGCUCUGAUGACGCUAAGGCUAAAUUCCUGAAAGGUCUCGGAUGUGACCGUGUGGUUAAAUACACGGAAGAAGACCUCAAUCAGGUGCUGAGCAAAGAGUAUCCGAGAGGGGUAGACGUUGUCUACGAGUGUGUCGGAAAAGAAAUGUUUGAUGCUGCGCUAAAAAGUCUGGCUCAGUUCGGUCGUCUCAUUGUCAUUGGACAGGUUUCCGCUUACAAGGAUGACGACAACGUGAGAUCUUUUCAGGGACUAGCACUCGCAUCAAAAUCAUCGGAUAUUUGUAUUCCUUUGACCUUGAUGUUCAAAGCAGCCAGCAUAAGAGGCAUGGUCCUAGGUGCCUACAUGGGGGACCUCCAGCGCCACAUGGACACUUUGAUGAAACUGCUGAAGGAGGGAAAAAUCAAAGCGUCCACAGACAUGGGCAAAAACGUCCCGUCUGGCCCUUUCGUUGGCUUGGAGAAAGUUGCAGAUGCUGUUGAUCAUCUUUUCUCGCGAAAAAACAUUGGUAAAGUGGUUGUUGAAGUUGGGAAAUCCUGAAUUCGUUUCUUUAUCUCCAUUUCAAGUUUUACUAUCUAUGAGAUGAAAGGGACUUUAGAGGACAAGACGGUGUCUUACAACGAUCUUCUGUGUGACUGCUUUUAGAUUGUGAGUUGGUGUUUUACAGUGCCAACUACAUCAUGAAGUCAUAUAGCUUACUUUGUGCAUUCCAAUUUAAGAAAAAAUCGCUUCAAAUAUGUUCAGGAAAAUAGUCUAAGCAAGACCCUGUACUUUCUGUUACAUAGCACAAGCAUUAUAUAUAAAAAUACGUUUAGUUAAUUCAUUAUGACAAUAUUUAGUACCCAGACGUUAAAAAACUACAGCAACAACAAAACAAUCAAUGUCGUUUUGGAAAACGUAGCAGAAAACGUUCCGAAAGAAAAUGGAAUCCAU